AUGGAAAAUUUUGUAUUAUAUGAUGAAAUUGAAAAGACUGCUGAACAAGUUAUUUACAAGGCUAGGCGUAAGGGGACUAUCAAAUAUCUAGCCGUUGCUUGCGCUGAAAAGCAUAGGAGACCGUUGAUAUCUAAUCAUGUGAGAAUAUCUCAUGAGCUCAAGCACAAAAACGUUCUUCAGUUCUAUGAAUGGUAUGAAACCAGCAAUCACCUUUGGCUUGUUAUGGAGUUGUGUACAGGUGGUAGCCUCGAGCAAGUAAUUAGGGAGGAUCAACUUCUUAGUGAAAAUGUAAUCAGAAAAUUUGGGGCAGAUAUUAUUCGUGGUUUGCGGCAUGUUCACUCAAGAGGUGUUGUAUUUAACCGGCUACUGCCUUCUCGUUUCCUACUAGAUGGCAGUGGGACAGUCAAGUUGUUUGACUUUUCUUUGGCACAUGCAGAAGAUGAAAUUUUGGAUGACCUGCUGAUUCGAUUUUGUGAAGAGGACUACAGUCAGGGUGACAUUCUCCGUGACCUAAACGUUCAUUCGGGGUAUGAUUCACCUGAGACCAUAUCUCAGGAUUCCAACUCGAAAUUAUCAGACUACUGGGGGCUUGGAUGCCUGUUCUAUAAUAUGUUCUUUGGACGACCUCCGUUCACCGGUUCAUCACAGGAGGAGCUGGAUCGGAAGAUCCUAAAUCAGGAACCAGAUUUUUCAAGUCCUGAUGUUAGCAUUCCACCAUCUGCGCUCUUCCGAUCCCUUUUAUGUUCACUGUUGACGAAAUCUGUUACGAAGAGAAUAAAUGAAAAUGAUCUUAUCAGGCAUCCAUUUUGGCACCAACGUAUAUCUAGUAUGGAAUCCGUCAGUCCAUCUGAGGACGCAAAAGUCAUCACUAAGACUUCUACUGAUGUAAAAGAUGACAAGUCAAAGUUGCAUGUUAAUGGAAAGGUAGAUUCCACAAAUAUUACUUCCUUUCCAUCGAAAAAUAGUGAUGAAGCACCUCAAUUAUCACAUUUCAAUGAAAAAUUAUUGAAUAUUGCAACAGAAGAAAAUGAAAAGCCUCAGUCAUUUGAUUCAGCUAUUUCUAAUUCAGACGCUUCAACAUCUUCAGUUCCACCGAUGAGUGAAAGUGAACAUACACUGAAUGUUGUUGCAAAUACUCCUAUUAAUGGUUGCACUAGUCAUGAUCAACAUCGUCAUCAAUCUAAUAACCCUGAUGAUAAUUUACAAUGCUCAAAAUUGGAUCAACAGCAUAUCACAAUUUCAAAUGAUCAAUCACUUGUAAAUAACUCAAACAAUACAGAUAAAUCCAAAGCGAAGAAAAAUCAAUUAUAUUCUAAUGAUAGAAUGGUUCAGAGUGAAUAUCAUACUACUACAUCAACUCUGUCUCAAGCACAAGAAGAAAUUUCCAGAAAUAUUUUCAAUUUAACAAGAACAACAUCAAUUGUAAAUAAUGAUGAGAAAGGUUAUACAUUUAAUUUGAAUUCCCUAGAAUUGUCAACAUUUAAAUCGCUUCAGUUAAGAUCAAAUCUUGCUCUUAUCUAUCCAUGGGGUGAUGACUCUUCGAAUUUCCCUCGUGAAAUGAAAUCAGUUUCUCAACUAUGGACUGCAUUCACCAAUAGUAAUCAUUCUUUUACUGAUUCAGACCAAAAGAAAAGUGUUAAUGGUUGUGUUAUGAAUCAGAAUUAUCAGAGUGGUUGGAAACCUAAGCCAUUAUGCGAUUAUUUGCGUUGGUCUCGAGUUAUGCCGCCUACUAAAGUGGAAGGACUAACACGGUUGUAUAAUCCAGUCGCAUUGCGUGGAGUCUCAGCAGAAGAGCUUGAUCAACAUAUUUGUGAAGUCGUAAAUUUAUUCCGUACACGAAGUUCAGAAACUAGUGAAACUACAUCGAAUCGUUUUUCAAUUGUUCGGUCAUCUCCUAAUCGAUCAGUAAUUAAAAACUACCGUACUAAUUUAUUGGCUUACUUGAUAUGGUUAAUGGCUGCUUCAAAUUCGAACAGUAGUAAACGUCGUUUGUCUGUUGCUGGUACAGAUAUGCAUUCUCAUCUGACUGGUGUUCACAUGGUACCGGAUUUACUGAUUGAGUUAACAAAACAAUUAAGAUCUGGUGCAACCUUGCCGAAUGAUAUACGGACAGGACUAUGUCGUUUGUGCAGUUUAAUGUCAUUUCGUGUUGCUUCAUUUCUAGUUCUACUGCAUAGUAAUGUGUUAGAUGCAGAUUCUUUGAAUUUGAUCUCAAACAGCACAGGGACUUUGUUCUCAAAUUGUCUUGCUGUUCUGAUAG